UCUACAUCUACACUUACAUCUACACAAUGUCUCUCGCCAAGAAUAUCCUCCUCUUCGGAGCCACUGGAACUAUCGGCUCAUUCAUCCUUGACGCCAUCCUCCCUGUACGCGCCCAAUUCAACCGCGUCGCAAUCUUCACUUCCCCGCAUACAGCCGAAACCAAAGCCGCGCACCUGGAGAAGUUGAAGGAGCAGAACGUCGAGGUUAUCAUCGGUAGCGUAGAAGACGAGGAAGCUAUCAAGGCCGCGUACGAAGGAAUCGACACCAUAAUCUCAGCCCUAGGCCGCAACACCCUAGCCCAACAAAUCCCUCUAAUCCGCCUCGCAGCCGCCAGCCCAAGCGUGAAAUGGUUCCUGCCCUCAGAGUACGGCACAGAUAUCAAAUACGGGCCCGCAUCCGCGUACGAGAAGCCGCACCAGCAGAAACUGAAGGUGCGCGCGUAUAUCGAGAAUGAGGUUUCGCGGGAUGAUCUGUCAUACUCGUAUGUUGUUACCGGUCCGUUUGCGGAGAUGUAUCUGAAUCUUGUGCCUGGGCUUGAGGAGGCGGGGGUUGGGAUGUCCGACGCCGGAAGGCGUGUCGGGACCCUCGUUUUGAAUACCCUACUCCACGCCACAGCCGAGACACGUAACUCUGCUCUAUGUGUGAAUUCCUUUACGACGACUCCGGAUAAGAUCCAAGCCGAGUUUGAGCGGCAGACUGGGCAGAGGUGGGAGUCUGUUUCUCGGACUUCGUUGGCGCGACUGCGCGAAUUGGAGACGCAAGCUUGGAAGGCUGGGAAUCCGGCUGCUACUGUUUUGACGCUGCGGCGGAUCUGGACUGAGGGCGGGACGCUGUAUGCAGAGCGGGAUAACAGGGCAAUUGGGGAGCCUCGGGUUAUGGGGUUGGAGGAGGUGGUUGCGAAUGAGAUUGCGCGGGUAUCGAAGCUGUAGAUCUAAUAUAUGCAUAUACAUAGAAAAGACUACAAAUGGAUUAUGAAGUGUUGCAGUGUCUCCGACGUCUGAAGCUCAUGGCAUUCAUAGGUACGAGACAGGAAUUAACGAAACGUUUCAGGAUUUGGGUAACAAGUCAGAUUUCACGUGAUUGGGGGAAUGAUUGGGGGAAGAU